AUGCAAUCAAGUAUAUCUUUCUUCGUUUGGGCGAUUUUUCUGCCUGAAAUUAUCGCUAUUCCAUUUUCAAAGGAUGAACGAGUGUUUUUAGAAACCGGCCAUGACGUUGAGCACUGGAAAUCUGAGGGUUGGAAAUUAACGCAGCGAGUUUUUUCCCACGACCGAGUCCGUCUCACAUUUGCUAUCAAACAGCAAAAUAUUGCGAAACUUGAGAAAAUUUUCUGGAGUGUCUCCGAGCCGAAAUCCAAAGCGUAUGGACGGUAUCUAGAUCUCGAGACAGUGAGCGAUCUGGUAAAGCCAAGAGAUGAAUCUAUUCGUGUCGUAAAAUCAUGGUUGCAACAGGGUGGUGUGGAUAGUCGGAACUGUGACGAAACUAGGAAGUCUGACUACAUUGUUUGUGAAACAACAUCAGCGAUUGCCGAAAUCUUACUGAGUGGAGCUAGGUUCUACCGCUUUCAUCAUGAAGGAUCAGGAAAAUCCGUGAUUCGUUCCAAUGCACACUAUACUGUUCCAAAAGAGGUCGCGAAGCAUUUGGACUUUGUUGGUGGCUUGCUGCGCUUUCCUGCAUUGGAUUUUGCAAAAACCAAAGUACAAUCUUCUUCGGCUGAUAUAGGUAUUCAUAUUGGCGUGUAUCCGUCUGUACUGCGCACGCGGUAUAAUGUUUCAGAUACAGUCGGUAAGCAUCCCAACAAUAGUCAGGCUGUUGCGCAAUUCUUGGAACAAUACUACAGUUCCACUGACUUGAAAGAAUUCUUCGCCUUAUUUGGUGGUGGAUUUACGCAUCUUCCUGACAUCACUAAAGUUGUGGGUCCAGACAGUGGACGAUCUGGGAUCGAGGCUAGUCUUGAUGUACAAUACAUCAUGAGCCUAGGCGCGAACAUUGCUACGUGGUUCUGGAGUACGGCAGGAAGACAUGAGAGUCAAGAACCGUUCCUUGAAUGGAUUGUUGCUGUAGGAAACACGAGUGACAUCCCGUAUAUCUUCAGUGUUAGUUAUGGCGAUAAUGAAGACUCGUUGUCCGCUGAUUACAUGAACCGUAUUAAUGUUGAUUUUAUGAAAGCUGGAGUACGGGGCAUCACCAUUCUCUUUGCAAGUGGAGAUAACGGAGCUGGCUGCCACAAGAAAAAAUUCCGUCCAAACUUUCCAUGUUCAAGUCCUUACGUAACUGCAGUUGGUGGAACGGCGUUUAACAAUCCAUUUGGCAUUGACGGCGAAUAUGGUUAUGAGAUCAGCGGGGGUGGUUUCAGUAAUGUAUUCAAACGACCCAGUUAUCAAGCAUCAGCCGUUAAUUACUACCUACAAAAUUCUAAAAAAUUACCCAAUGCAUCAUUGUAUAACAACACAGGACGUGGCUACCCAGAUAUCUCAGCUGUAUGCAAUCAUUUCUGGAUUGUGAACAACCUCGUACCAGUGCCAGGGGUGAUGGGUACUUCAGCAUCUACUCCUACUGUUGCAGGAAUCAUUGGUCUUGUUAAUGACAUGCGCUUGCAGAAUAAUAAACCUCCCAUGGGAUUUUUGAAUCCGUUCCUGUAUUCCAAUGCAAAAUCCUUGUAUGAUCCAACCACUGGGUAUAAUGAAGGUUGUGGUGAGCCCGAUCGCGGGUUCUACGCUUUAGAAGGCUGGGAUCCUGUGACUGGAUGCGGAACACCAAACUAUCCAGCUCUGGUCGAAGCAGCGUUAAAGGCAGUAAACUACUAUGUCACAAACUGA